UGCCUAUAAAUGCCUGGACUUGAACUGUUAGAACUCAUUUUAACUAAUUACAAUCAUUAGAAAUGGGAAUUAGGACUGCCUCUUAUGAAUGCCAAUCCCUUUCAACCUUCCUUUGCUUCAGUGUCUCGCACUCUCACACCCUGUCUCUUUCUUUGGUCUCUCAUAUUCUCCUGUUGGUUUAGUUUUACCAAGUCUCAUUGUCUCUCUUUCUUUGGUCUUGGUUCCUGCUCUUCCCUAGGGUCGAUUUGCUAGCUCUCACACUCGCUUUUAAUCUCUGGCAUUACAAUCCAGAUCGUUUUUGUUCUUGGGAUCUGUGCUUCACUCCUGUUCUCUGCUUUCUUUUAUGGUUUUGGAGUAAGCUGGCAGUAAGAAGGCUAGAAAACCCAAAACCUGUUUGUGGUCUCUCAUUCUGGGUUUUCCUUGCCUUUUGCUACUUUAACAUUGAUAAAUUAUGAGUUUUCCUUCUCAGCUCUAUUUAUGUUUGCAUUUAUUCAUUUUUUUGGGAAUUUGUUUGGCUUCUCCUAUUGGAGAUCAAAAGAGGGAUAGGAUCACAGAGUUGCCGGGACAACCAAAGAAUGUGGGUUUUGCUCAGUACUCGGGCUAUGUGACAGUGAAUGAGGAAUCAGGGAGGGCGUUGUUUUAUUGGUUGACUGAAGCACCGGCGAGUCGUGGACCCAAGUCAAGGCCAUUAGUGCUAUGGCUUAAUGGUGGUCCUGGAUGCUCCUCUAUCGCUUAUGGGGCAUCUGAAGAGAUAGGACCUUUUCGCAUUAGGCCUGAUGGGAGAUCACUUUACCUGAAUCCCUACGCUUGGAACAAAUUGGCAAAUAUACUGUUCCUUGAUUCUCCCGCUGGUGUUGGCUUUUCAUAUACAAACAAAACGUCAGAUCUGUUUACAAUGGGAGACCGCAGAACAGCUGAAGAUGCGUAUACAUUUCUAGUUAAUUGGUUUGAAAGAUUUCCUCAAUAUAGACAUAGAGAACUCUACAUUGCUGGAGAAAGUUAUGCUGGUCACUAUGUUCCUCAGUUGGCUCACAUUAUUUACCAGAAAAACAAGGGUAUCAAGAAUCCGGUUAUUAAUUUUAAGGGAUUUAUGGUUGGAAAUGCUGUAACUGAUGAUUACCAUGAUUAUAUUGGUACAUUUGAGUACUGGUGGACUCAUGGCUUGAUUUCAGAUUCCACAUAUAGGAUGCUGCGAAUUGCCUGUACUUCUGGAUCCUCCCUGCAUCCAACAGUGCAAUGCAUGCAGGCCCUCAGAGUAGCAGUUUUGGAACAGGGGAACAUUGAUCCAUAUAGCAUUUAUACGCGGCCAUGCAAUAACACAUCAUCACUUAGACAUGGCUUGAGGGGUCGCUACCCAUGGAUGUCUCGAGCAUACGAUCCCUGCACAGAAAGAUUUGCAGAUUUAUACUUCAAUCGUCCAGAAGUUCAGAAAGCACUGCAUGCCAAUACAAGUGGGAUUAGUUAUUCAUGGAAGUCAUGCAGUGACAUUGUUGGGAAUUAUUGGGCGGAUUCUCCACUAUCUAUGCUUCCUAUAUAUCGUGAACUCAUUCAUGCUGGCCUCAGGAUAUGGGUAUACAGUGGAGAUACAGAUGCCAUAGUUCCAGUAACUGCAACUCGAUAUUCUAUCGAUGCCUUGAAGCUACCUACCAUCAUCAACUGGUAUCCUUGGAAUGAUCAUGGCAAGGUUGGAGGAUGGAGCCAAAUUUAUAAAGGCCUUACGUUGGUUACAGUUACAGGAGCAGGUCAUGAGGUUCCACUUCACAGGCCUCGCCAAGCAUUUGUUCUUUUCAGGUCAUUCUUGGAGAACAAGUCCAUGCCUAGUUGAAUAAUCAAAUCACAGCAAGCAUAUACAACCACUCACAAUACUCCUAAGCAAAAUAACACCUUUCAUUUAUUUACGUGGGACUGGGCCGAGAGACACAGAACAAGGAAUGCAUUCCUCAUGACUUCCGUCUUGCUGCUCUGCCUGCAAAAUUAAAAAGUUCUUUGAAAUAUAUAGAAUAUUCAUGCGAAUCUUAUUCUUUAUAAGGUUUUCAUCAUAUUAAGUGUGAGUAAAUCUAUGCAACAUCUUCUAUGAUAAUGUUCUCGUCAAUGAAUUCAUGAUAGUUUUUCUUUUUAAUUUUAAAGCUGAGAAUGUAAUAAAAGCAGGUGUACUGUUAGUAGAAGAUUGAUGGAAUGGACUAUUCUACUGGAGAAAGUUAGAAAUUUUUACUGUCAAAAUUAGCAUUAUAUUGAUUUAUUUGUCAGUAUAAUGGCGUGUAAAGCUACUUAGAUAAUCUUGUAAUGCCUACAAAGUACUUGAGAUCA